AACAGAGUGAUGUAAUGAGGCCCGGAAGCAGGCAAUUUGCUGCCCGCGGCGGCCGCAGUUGCGCGAGACAACCUGCCCGGAGUACCUUCUUCUUGAUACCGCGGUCCAGUCGCCUCCAGUAUCGGACAUACCCGAUUGAUAAACUCGCGGAAAGUGGUGUUGUGAGAAAGCGAGAAUAGGGGAAGAAAAUAUUGCGCCGGUGGCCGCGCGCGAGUGCGUGUAAAGAGAAAUCGUCAGCGCGCGUCGAGAAGAACGUAAUUAUCUUGUAUGAUGUACGCGCGGCCCGUUGGCACAACGUUGUUUUGUUCGAUAUAAUGAGUGUGAAUUAUACGCGACAAUGGACGUUGCACAAUUGGCGUAAGGUGCAGUUUUCUGAAUCUACGAAAUCGGAGAUUUUAAAUUUAUAUCGAUAUUACGUUGUUUCUAAUUUUUGUUAAACUCUAAUGCCUAACUCGAAAAGAGCGACGUAGCGAUGUAGCGAAAUACUUUUUUUGAAUUUUCACGUUGUUCUAAUUUCUUUCCCUUGGGGAAAGCUAUCUUAGUUAAAAUUAAUUAAAGCUCAAAUUUAUUAUAUUACUCUUGAAAUAUACGAUACUUUCAUUAGCGCAUCAUUAAUUAUAAGUCGCAGUGAAAAUUUAAUAACAUAGAGAUUAAAGUUGACUGAGAACGCGACACUGUUUGGUGAACGAAAUAGAUUCUCGAUAGCGUAAAAAUGGCGACCGCCCGAGCGGUCCGCGGACUACGGUAUCCCCGACGAUCGAUCGCUCGAUUCGGCUUUUAAACUGUCAGACAGAACUGUAAAGACAAUCCGGCUGCGCGCUCAUCGUGCCGCGGAACAGCGUGACUAUGUGACAGUUUUGUGAUUAGAUUGACCUCAAUACGUGCUGGACAUCCGGAUGUACCCACGAGAGUGCUUUUAUCCUUAACCAUCCCGAUCGAACGUCAGCGAACGUUUCGCGAUAGUGACUUCGAGACUGAAAAAAGAUUUCUCGCCUUCCGGACUAUUUCUGGUAGAUGAUCCAAGUGAAAAAGUGACAUUUAAGCGACGAUCAACGUACCGACAGUGAAACGUGUGCAGAUUCAUCGCGAAAAUUGUCUCGGUGAUCGAAGGGGCUCUUUGGUGAUGUACGACAGCGCUAGCUGUUCGUACGCAGGUGCGCUCGAAUUAAAGGGAGCCUCCGGGGCCGGAGCCGCGGCCGCGGCCGCCGCCGGUGUAACCGCGGCCGGCGUCAAGCAGGAGAACUGGCCGUAUCGCGGCCUCACCUGCGGCAGCACCUUUCAACGACUCAAGGAAAGCGUCGACAAGGCGAAGCAGGCCCUCGCCGAUCGCAGUGGUUACCUGGCGGGUGCGUUUUCGCCGCCUCCACGCGCCAACCCGUCCGCCAUUUCGCCCACCGCCUCCAUCACCGAUGCUGGCAGCUCUUACAAGGGAGGCUGGAGCCACGCCACGUCGCCGGCACCUGGUCAGGGCUAUGGAAGCAGCUUGUCAAAGACAGCACUGGACACGCACAGCCAUCUCAGGCAGCCUGAUCCCUACCAAAUGUUCGGGGCGACGAGUAGUCGGCUCGCGAGCUCUGGUUCCGGUCAAAUACAGCUCUGGCAGUUUCUACUCGAGCUUCUAUCGGACUCCAGUAAUGCCGCGUGCAUCACGUGGGAAGGAACCAAUGGCGAAUUUAAGUUGACCGAUCCCGACGAGGUGGCGAGACGAUGGGGCGAGAGAAAGUCCAAACCUAAUAUGAAUUACGACAAAUUAUCGAGGGCUCUGAGGUACUACUACGACAAGAACAUCAUGACGAAGGUGCACGGCAAGAGGUACGCGUAUAAGUUCGAUUUCCAGGGUCUGGCGGCCGCGACGCAGCCGGCGGCGGCCGAUCCGGCGGCGUACAAAUACCAGAGCGAGCUCUUCAUGUCCGGCUACGGCCACGCCAAGUUGAAUCUGAUGCCGCCGCCGGCGGCGUCGGUCUCGGUUUCCGUUCCCGGCGGCCUCUUCCAAUCGGCAUCGAGCUACUGGUCGACGAGCCCGGGCGCAAACUUGUAUGCCGGCCAUCACACGGCCUCCGGACACGUGCCACCUCAUCUCGGCACCUAUCCGCAUUACGCAUGACCCGCCGCCGAGCACUGGGGUGCUCUGGGCACGCCGCGUUGAAAGAAAAGAAAAAAAAAAAAAAACAAGAAAAAGUACGGAACCGCAUCCGCCACCGUCGCCGUCGCCACCGUUGCCGUCGGCGGCAAUGUGAAAUCAUAAAUUGCGCCCCCCAUCCCGCCCCCGCAGGCUCGGACCGCAUAUUGUUUCAGGUAUUUGCACGAAUCUGUCCAUACCGUACUUGCUCGCGACAUUAUCCUUUCGUAAUGGAUUUUAAAGCAACUGUCAUAUUUCGAACGAUCCGAAAUGAACGCGAGACAGAAUAAGUGGUCUGAUGAUUAACUUCCUGGUGCUCUCUUUCCCUUGAAACUGCAUUUCAAGAGAAACACGAUUAAAUAUACAAUUAAUCUGUCAUAUUUGAUAUUUAUUUCGUUUCAUAAUAUUCAUCAACGUAUGUUCAGUAAUAAAUUUAUUUAAUCUCUUGACUUCGUCGAAAGUGUCAAGUAAUAAUUAAAAAAGCAGAAAACUUUCAAAUAUUAAACUUAAUUAAGGGAUUAAAUUGUUAAAGGAGAAGAAUGCAGAAGAAAGAAACAAUAGCACAUGCUAUCGUCUCAGUGAUACAAACGUUUGUCGAGUUGAAAGAACUUUCAACUGACAUCUCUACUAGGUACACAUCUCAAUUGAAGUUUCAAGAGUGCUUCUAAACAUGGAAAUGUGGGAUGUUUAUAACACAGAAGAAACCUACUUUGUGAAAGAGAUAACAUUAAUUUAAAUGAGUGAGUUCACAUUCGAAGCUAACUAAAGUUUCUGGAAAAACUUAAUUAUCAAGUUAUAUUAUAUAUACAUUUUCCGAAAUGUAGUUGGCAAUUAUAAAAAUUUAA